AUGUCUAGCCCUCUCCAGAACGGCUCCUCGGACGGGCAUCGAUCGCCUCGAAUGCCCUCCGCCUCCCCCCGCGUCGCGAGUCCCCGCCGAAGCCCUAGCGAGACCUCCGAUCAGCAAGAUGACGCGGUGGACGCCCCGUCGCCCUCGCCCGAUGCCGAAGACUCGACCAUGUACAUGAAUGGCGGUCAUGACUUUGCCGAAAGUAGUCCUUCAGCCGAUGAAAACAACGCGUCAGAUGAUGCCGACUUCGACAUGGAGGACGACCUUCCCAAUGUACAGAGCGACGGCGCUGUCGACGCGUUGUCUAGCUCCAACGACUCCCAGAGGCCUUCAAAACGAAAGGCUGGUGUCGAAGUUCAAGAAGACCUCUACAUCAAGGCCAAUCCAGAGUUGUAUGGUCUGAGGAGAAGUACGCGACCAAGGGAGCAGCGCAAGAUCGUCGAUUCUGAUGAUUCGGAAUCCGAUGUGCCUGUCAAUCGGAGAAAGCCUGCCCGCCCUUCAGCCUCAAAAGUCAACACCCCUAUUCGACAGGCAUCGGCCGACGAUUCAGACUCGGACAACUACGGUGGCGCUCGAGCGAAAACUCUGCAAAAGAAAGCCCGCCGCCAGCGCGAGGCACAACCAUCCUCACUGUUGGCCGAGAAGAGGUGGUCCAGUCGGCGCGCUGCCCAGACAGUGCAACAAGGCGGUUACGAAGAGAGCGACUUCGAAGACGAAGAAGACGAGGCCGCACAGGACGCUCAGUACUACGCCCCCGAAGCGGACAACUCGCCAUACAUUGACAAAGUCUUGCGUCAUCGUCUCAAAGAUGGCCUCGAGCUGAGCUUCGAGUCGACACGGCAAGACUUUGAAUACUAUAUCAAGUGGCAGGGCAAGUCUCACCUCCACGACACCUGGGAGACUGCCCAAACACUGCGCGACGUGCGAGGCUACCGAAAGCUCGAGAACUACUUUAGAGUUGUCGUUGAUCAUGAGCUCUACAUCCGAUUCGGAUUCGACAUCCCGCCUGAGACCAAAGAGCAAUUCUUCCUGGAUCGAGAGCGUGUUGAAGAAGCGCUCGAAGAUUACACCAAGGUGGAUAGAGUGGUAGCUGUUCGAGACGGCGAUGAAGAGACCGAGUAUCUCGUCAAGUGGAAGGGCUGCUACUAUGAUGAGUGCACCUGGGAAGUUGCCUCAGCCAUCAGCACCGACUUCCAGGACAAGAUCGAUCAGUUCCUUGACCGAUCCUCUCGCCAAUGGGUGUCAGAUCGGACCGAGACCAACCCAGACACGCGUACAAGAAUGACGAAGCUUGAAGCCCAACCCGACUACAUCAAGGGUGGUGAGCUACGGACCUUCCAGCUCCGUGGUCUGAACUUCCUCUGUCUGAACUGGACGCGGGCGAACAAUGUCAUUCUUGCCGACGAAAUGGGUCUCGGAAAGACGGUUCAAAGCGUGUCAUUCAUGAGCUGGCUUCGCAACGACCGCGAACAGGAAGGUCCCUUCCUUAUUGUCGCUCCACUCAGUGUCAUCCCAGCAUGGGGUGAUACCUUUGACAACUGGUCUCCGGACAUGAACUAUGUCGUGUAUCUCGGCAACGAGGCCUCUCGCCAGACUAUCCGCGAGAAUGAGCUAAUGAUCAACGGUAACUCGAAGAAGCCCAAGUUCAAUGCUCUCAUCACCUCGUACGAGAUGAUUCUGCAUGACUGGUCAUUCCUGCAGACCAUCAAGUGGCAGGCUCUGCUGGUCGACGAAGCACACCGCCUGAAGAACAAGGAGUCUCAGCUAUAUGCCAAGCUGGUUAGCUUCGGCGUUCCCUGCAAGAUCUUGAUCACCGGUACCCCGAUUCAGAACAACCUCGCCGAGCUUUCGGCUUUGAUGGACUUCUUGAACCCGGGCAAAGUCAUCAUCGAUGAAGAGCUCGAGACUCUCACCGGUGCUGAUACCCAGGAAAAGCUGCAGGACCUGCACACAUCGAUCGCCCCGUAUAUUCUUCGUCGUACAAAAGAGACUGUGGAGUCUGACCUUCCGCCAAAGACGGAGAAGAUCAUCCGCGUCGAACUCUCUGACGUGCAACUGGAAUACUACAAGAACAUCUUGACCCGCAAUUACGCCGCCUUGUCCGACGCUACCGGCCAAAAGAAUUCGCUCCUGAACAUCAUGAUGGAACUGAAGAAAGUCAGCAACCAUCCUUACAUGUUUGGCGGAGCCGAGGACAGGGUUCUCGCAGGCAGCACUCGUCGAGAGGACCAAGUCAAAGGCCUCAUUGCCAGUAGUGGAAAAAUGAUGCUGCUCGAUCAGCUCUUGACAAAACUGAAGAAAGAUGGCCACCGAGUCCUCAUUUUCAGCCAGAUGGUGAAGAUGCUUGAUAUUCUCGGUGAUUAUCUUGCCUUGCGAGGCUACAAGUUUCAGCGUCUGGAUGGUACGAUUGCGGCUGGUCCUCGUCGUAUGGCAAUCAACCAUUUCAAUGCCGAGGGAAGUGACGACUUCUGUUUCCUUCUUUCUACGCGUGCUGGUGGCCUGGGCAUCAACCUUAUGACCGCCGACACUGUCGUAAUCUUUGACUCGGACUGGAACCCGCAGGCCGAUCUGCAAGCCAUGGGCCGCGCGCAUCGUAUUGGCCAGAAGAAACCGGUCAGCAUUUACCGUCUCGUUUCCAAGGAAACCGUUGAGGAGGAGGUGCUUGAACGGGCACGCAACAAGCUUCUUCUUGAGUAUCUCACCAUCCAGGCCGGUGUCACUGAUGAAGGCAAGGCCUUCCGCGAUGAGUUCAACAAGAAGGGCUUGAAGAUGGAUGGUCCCAGCUCGGCCGAUGACAUUCAGUGGAUCCUCAAGAUGCGCUCGCAAAAAAUGUUUGAGCAGACCGGUAACCAGGAGCGUCUUGAACAACUGGAUAUCGACUCCAUCUUGGAAAAUGCUGAAGUUACCAAGACAAAGGUCGACGACAAGAUGAACCUCAGCAGUGGUGGCAUCGAUUGGGACAACUUUAUGCAGUACACCGACGUCAAGGUCGACGAUCUGGCUCUUGAUUGGGACCAGAUCAUCCCUGCCGAGGAGCUUGAGAACAUCAAGGCUGAGGAGGAGAAGCGCCGUCACGAAGCUUAUCUCGCCAAGGUCGCCGCGGAGAGCGCACCACGCCGAGCCGCCGUCAAGAACCGCCAUAAUGAAAAUGACAGAGCUGAUCGCGUCGCCAAGAAGCGGCAGAGGGAAGAACAGCAACGGCAAGAGGCCGAGGAGCAGAGGGCUCUACUGUCCGAUCCCAGACGUCCUUUGAACGAGAAGGAGACCCGCAACCUUCUCAAGGCAUUCUAUCGUUACGGAGCCAUGGAAGACCGUGGCGAUGAGAUUGUCCAUGAAGCUCGCCUGACGGAACGAGACAGGGAGUUCUUGAGUUCCAUCAUCGAUGACUUUACCAAGGUCUGCGGUCAAGCUCUGGAUGACAACUACUCGAAGCUGGAGGAAGACGAACGGAAGCUUGGAAAGUCUCUGACAAAGAAGGACAAGAAGGCAGUCUUGAUCGACUUUGGAGAGGUUCGCAAGAUGAAUGCCGAGACAGCCAUUGAACGGCCCAAGCAGCUGCGUCUCCUCCGUCAAGUCCUGCGCAAGAACAACGACGACAAGUCUUUUCGUCUACCGGACGCCUCCAAGGCAGCCCACUACAGUUGUGAAUGGGGUGCUAGGGAAGACGGCAUGCUUCUGGUCGGCAUUGACCGGUAUGGUUUCGGUGCCUGGACGCAAAUUCGCGACGAUGCUGGCCUGGAUCUGCAAGACAAGUUCUUCCUGGAAGAGCAUCGUGUUGAGAAAAAGGAGGAGCGCAACAAGGCCAGCGAGAAAAGUAUCAACUCUCCAGGCGCGGUCCAUCUGGUCCGUCGUUCCGAAUACCUUCUUUCCGUCUUGCAGUCGAAACAUUCCACCGACGCUGCCACACUGAAGGCUGUGGAAAAUCACCACAGGAACAACAAGAAGCACCUCAAUGGGGGCCGACGCAGUGAACUUGGUAGUGCGGCUGCAUCACCUGCUCCUCACCUGAGCAAGAAGAACAGCAGCCACCGGGACCGGGAACGAGAACGCGAUCAUCACAGGUCACGGAGUAAUGUGGACGACCGCGGAACGCCGCGCCCCGAGUCCAAGAGGAAGCACUCGGGACACGAUGAGGGACGCAUUCCCAAACACCGACGAACUGAUGACAGUCGUCGGUCGAAGGGUCACGCAGACGACCGGAAAUCUCCUCGCCCCGAAAAGAGACGCCACCGAGAAGAAGACGGCGAUCGUAAGCAUCGCAGGCCCGAUGAGUCCCGGCAUAAAGACGAUCGACGCCGCUCGCAUGACAACAGUCAGGCUCAUGACGAGGAUCGCGAGCGUAGAAACCAGGCUCUUGCACGCCUCGCAGAUCUUCGCCUCAUGGGCGACAGCCGCGAAGAAAGAGAAAAGGACCCCGAUGCGAUGCUUUGGUAUCUACUCAAACCUGUACGGGAGAACUUUGAAAUCAUUCUCGGCACGACAAAGGAUAAGGUAAAGUCUAGCAAGGAGCGUGCGAGGAUCUUCGGGUCGGAGCUGGUCGUGAUUGGCAGCUUUCUCGAUCGCGAAUUUGUCCGAGAAUCGGACAAGCCCCUGAAGAAUCGCUUCUGGUACGUAUAUCUUGCUUCACCCGCCACACAAACAACGCUGACUCAAUGGUGUAGGGAAUUCUUGGCUACGCUGUGGCCUGUUGACAGCACCAGCAACCCCGUGACCGCGGACAGACUGAGCUUCCUAUACAGGACCAUCCGCGACCGGGAACAGUCGGACGCGAAGAAGAAGGCGCAGAACUCCAACGGCACAGCCGCUACCUCUUAG